GGUAAUGAUUGGUAUGAAUACAUCCGUCACAACAAUACCACCAAAAGUCACACAAACUCUUCAUUCAAACUAUCGCUAACUCUAAGAAGCGUUCGUUUGGAAGACACGACACUCGCCGAUCACAUGAGCCAAGUAUAUGAGCGGUCGUUGCCAUCAGUGGUGGAAAUCUAUCAGAAGUCGGGAAUGGGAACCGGCGUUGUUGUGGACGCAGAACUGGGACUCAUUGUGACCAACUGUCAUGUGGUGCAGGACUGGGAGUUCGGUGGCGUUAAACUCAAUCUGGAGGCCAAGCGGUACCAACUUUUUGACGCCUACGCCAGCGAUGACAAAGUGGGUGCAGUUCGCGCUCACGUACUCUACUGUCGUCCGGAAGUGGAUUUGGCGGUCAUCUGUUUGUACACAAUUCCCGGCGCUUUACCGGCGCUAAAGCUGUCCAAACGGAUGUCUCAACACAACGGUCGACUGAUUGGCAUUUCGCUCAACACUUUCAUCAGAAGUGAUGGCAUUUUCUUCGCCGCAGAUAUCAUUGCUUUCGUGAAGAGGGGCUCAGAGUUUGAGACCAGAGAUCGUGAUAUGAAGUACUCGUUUGCGAACCGGAAAUCACUGGGAGUUGUGUUGUAUAAGGAUAUGAACGCCAGUAAUAAAGUGUUCAAAAAGAUGAUUAAAAUUGAAAAACAAUUACAUGACGUUAACAUUGGUAUCGGUCGCGACUGGGCUAACAUUGUAUUCCGCGCUUAUCGCCGCCAACAGAGAUUACAAAAUAAUCCAAACGUUGUCUUAAACGAUGAUAGCAAUGAACCCAACGUUACAAUAACUAUAUGGAGACACGAUUUGAAUUAUCUCAUCCGACACGUUAUCGUAGGGAUCGACGACAAAGCAGUCGAGCAAAUGGACCCCAAAUAUAGGGAUAAAGUGAAGGCACGGCUCAAUACUGGUCGUAUACCGGAAACCAACCAAAAUUCCACAUAUUUCCCACACCUAAGCAUCUGUACGGCUCGAUCCAUGUCCUCCACCUUCUGGACGGCCACACCAUUGAUAUGUGUUAUCACAUCAAACCUCUCCAGAUCUGGACUAUAA